GCAGCGCGCACACAUUGGCUUUAUUGUCUUCUGACCCGUUGUCUCUGCUGUGACCCCCCCUUGACCCCCCCGGCCCUGCGCCCGGUGGGUGAGGCCUGGAGGAGCAGGAGAGAAGACGCAUGGACGCAACUCGCACAUCGGAGAUCAAUCUUUGUGCCUUUAUUUGGACAAACCUCUUUAUUUGGAGAUAUUUGGUGACGACAGCGUGACAAGCGGCAACUGUGUGUGUCUGUGUGUGUGUGUGUGUGUGUGUGUGUGUGUGUGUGUGUGUGGAAAUCCCAAUGUGGCUUCAGCACUGAGUCAGUCAGCCCCCACACAGGAUGCAAUCGGCCUGCUCGGAAUAAAAAGAAGAAGCGGCAAAAUAUUUUGAACGGGCACCAAAAGGUGGAAGUGUCUGCAAGUCCGUGUGCGGCUGCAGCUGAAACCACAAUGCUCCUGUAUGACAUCCGCCCUGCAUUCUUGUGAGAGAAGCACGGGGGCGUGUUGGGGCCGGUCUUGAGCGUGUUGUGAACCUGUCGCCAGUGAGGAAGUAGCCGUGACAGCUCCAGGAGAAGGUGUGGCCUCACACGGGCUGCAGGAAGCAGCAGCAUAAAGUCCUGAUCGCCGCGCCGGUCUGCUCUGGUACCGGGACACCGCCUGCACUCGGACAAUGAAGGGAACGCUCCUGCUGUGGGUCCUCGUCCUAAAUGCCUCCAUCAAGGCCUCAGAGAGCCGGGGGCACGACCUUGAAGACGUGAAGGACUACGAGGUGGUCCGACCAGUCAGACUCCACUCGGUUAGAAGACGGCAUGCAGAGCAUCUCCGGCCAGAAACUGUCCGCUACGCCAUGACGCUGGGAGGCAGAGACAUCGAAAUGCGACUAAAAAGAAACCACGAAUUACUCACCAAAGACUACACAGAGACGUAUUACCAAGCCGACGGGACUCGGGUCACCGCGGCGCCGGAUGACAUCGACCACUGCUACUAUCAUGGGAGCAUUGUGAAAGACAGCCAGUCAUCCGUCAGCAUCAGCACCUGUGAUGGACUCAGGGGCUACUUCAGAACGUCGGCCCAGAGGUACCUGAUCGAGCCCCUGUCCGGCGGCGACGGGGGGGACCACGCGGUGAUGACCUUUGAGGAAAAGAACUCCCCCCCCGCUGUGUGCGGCGUCACCAACACCAGCUGGAGCGACGACUACGAACCCCCCACGAGCCAGAGCCGCUCCAAGUCACGGACAAUAUCUAUCACCCAGAAACAAAAAUACAUUGAGCUCUUCAUUGUUGCUGACAAUCGGGCGUACGUGAAGAUGGAGCGAGAUCAGACGCGGCUGAGGAAGAGGAUAUUUGAAAUUGUCAACUUCAUCAACAUGGCGUACAAGCCACUGAGGACCUUCAUCGCUUUGGUGGGGCUGGAAAUCUGGUCCGAACGGGACUUGUUCACCGUGACCCCCCCGGCCGGGGCCAACCUGAACGCUUUCAUGAUGUGGAGGAACACUGAGCUUCUGAAAAGGAAACAGCAUGACAACGCACAAUUCAUCAGCGGUAUUGACUUUGAAGGAGCCACCGUGGGGCUGGCGUACAUCGGGACUCUCUGCUCGGGUCACUCUGUUGGAGUGAUUCAGGACCACAAUGACCGGGCCAUAGCAGUGGGGGCCACCAUGGCUCACGAGAUGGGCCAUAACCUGGGCAUGGACCACGACGACUCCAUCACCUGUGCUUGUUCUGCUGAUAGCUGCAUCAUGGCUGCAGCACUCAGCUGGAAUAUCCCUCGGACUUUUAGCAGCUGCAGCGGGAACGAAUACGAGAAAUACCUGCUGGGCCGCAACCCCGAAUGCCUGCUGGACAAACCGGACUUCAGCGACCUGCUGCCCCCCUCCGUCUGCGGGAACGGCUUCCUGGAAAAAGGAGAACAGUGCGACUGUGGCAGCGAGACGGAGUGCACUAACCUGUGCUGCAACGCCACAAUCUGCACCCUGAAGGAGGGGGCCCAGUGUGCAGAGGGCGAGUGCUGCGAGGACUGUAAGGUGUCGCCUCGGUCCACGGAGUGCCGACGGAAGCAGGACGAGUGCGACCUGGCGGAGUACUGUGACGGGCAGAGUCCCAACUGUCCCGAGGACGUCUUCGGCGUGAACGGCCUGCCAUGCGGCGCAGACCUGGGGUACUGCUUCGACGGUCGGUGUCCUCAGAGGGUAAACCAGUGCGGCAAAAUGUUCGGAGGAGACGCCACAGAGGGCGAAUCAUUCUGCUAUAAUCAGAACACCAGAGGAACAUACUUCGCCUUCUGCAAGCGUCCCGAAAAGGAAACUUACAUCCCCUGCCAGAAAGAAGACGUGUUAUGCGGGAAGCUCUUCUGCCACGGCGGGAAUGUCAGCCCCAACUACGGCCGCAUGGUGACCGUCCGAAACUGCAAGGGAACGUUCUACGACGACCCCACCAAAGACUACGGCCAGGUGGACACGGGGACUAAAUGUGAGGAUGGAAAGGUGUGCAGGCAGAACGAGUGCGUGCAGCUUGAGACGGCGUACAGAAAUGUAAACUGUUCGGCCAAAUGUCCCGGCCAUGCUGUGUGCAAUCACAGAAGUGAGUGUCAGUGUGAGCCCGGUUGGCUUCCUCCUCAAUGCGACUCCCAGGACGCAGCUUUCACAUCUCUUUCACCUGGAGCAAAGUGGGGCAUCGCGGUGACGAUCGUCCUGCUGGCUUUAGGGGUCAUUGCCGGCGUGGCAGCAGUCAUCUGGAAAAGGCGGCAAACUCCGGCGUUGCCGACAGUGCACACCCAGAGGAAGCAGCCUGUCCCCCGCCCCAGCCAAGACGCGCCAGCGCAGGCGCGAAUGCCGAAACCCAAAGGAGCUCCUCCUCCGCCACCUCCGGCAGGGAACAGGCCGAAGCCCCCGGUGCAGAACUACAAGACUGCUCGUCAGGCUCUGAGGCCAGUGCCUCCACCAAAGGUCUGAUGUCGGACCCAGUGCCACCUACUGGUGAACCACACCGUUGCGCGUUGACCCCCAACGAGGCGCUGCUGAUAAUCCAGACAGGUUCAAAGGCGUCUUGUCCCGCCCGCCUUCUCUGCAGAAGGCACAAACUGGACUUGGAAUUGAUACUUGCAUACUGAGGAUACGGAUGAACCUUUCAGGGACUUUUUUUAUACUAUUGAGUUUGGGUUACUCCUCCUAUCAACAGCUCCAGCGCUGAAUGUGAGCUGUAUGGUUUUAUACACGGCGGGUUAGUUAGUAAGAAUAACGGCACAGAAUACUUACUGGAUGGAAUUGUUGAAACAGAUGAACUGCAUUGAUUUAUUUCUAACAUUUCAGUCACUCAGGUCCAUUUAGUGCAAUCAAAUCCCGACGCACACAAGCAAGCAGAUUUUUUGUAAUAUACAAAGAUACAGUUUCCAAUUUAAUCCAAUAUGUUAACUAUACCGAUCAAAUUGAAGGGCUUCAGAAUCAGCACACUUCUUAAAAGACAAGCAAGCUGGUAGCACUUCCAUCAUGCUAGAUAAUCUGGAUUAGAUCUAGGCACACCGGUCGUGCUGCAGGUCUCAGGAGAGUUCACUGAGUGAACAGGUAUGGAAAAGUUAUAAACUCUUGUGAUCUCAGCAUUCAUGCGAGAUGUUAGAUUUAAGUGAACAAUGACUACUGUAGACAUCUGCAAACCCAACGCACCAUGUUUUCUGGUCCGUUUUAAAGCACGCCGUAGUAAUGUUGAGCUCUAUUAACAACUCUCGAGCAAGGAUUUACCCCGUCACUGCCCUUCGGGAUGCAGGGAGCAGGUCCAGGUGAGAAAUGAAAAAGAAAACUUGAUUUUGUACAUAUACCUUGUUUGUGCAAAAAAUGAAAUGUUAAAACUCCACGUAAAAUAUAUUUUUUGUGAGGAAA